CUGACCGACCUUGAAGGUCAAGGUGAGUUCACAUUCGGUUGAGGCCCUUAUAAUAAGAUCUGUGGCCUUGCAAUUUCAAGCAAAUUAGGUGAAUAUAACAGUCUAGUCGAUAGGAAGCAUCGACUGAAAUCCAUUUGUACAACUUAUAUUUCGAGCAUUUAGGGAAAAGCAAGAUGACAUCUAAACAACAUGAUUCAGAUAGACGGAAGCAGAUAAGUAUAAGAGGGAUUGCACCGGUGGAAAACGUAGCAACCAUAAAAAAAUCGUUCAAUCGGCAUCUGCAUUAUACACUUGUUAAAGACAGAAAUGUUGCAACACCGAGAGAUUAUUAUUUCUCUCUUGCAUACACUGUUCGAGAUCAUCUUGUAUCUCGAUGGAUUAGGACACAACAGUAUUACUAUGAAAUCGAUCCAAAGAGAGUCUAUUACCUCUCUUUGGAGUUUUACAUGGGCCGCACUCUAUCCAACACAAUGGUCAACCUGGGCAUUCAAAGCUCCUGUGAUGAAGCCAUGUACCAGCUUGGCUUGGAUAUAGAAGAAUUGGAAGAAAUUGAACAAGAUGCUGGUCUUGGAAAUGGUGGUUUGGGACGUCUGGCUGCCUGCUUCCUUGACUCCAUGGCAACUCUUGGCCUUGCUGCAUAUGGUUACGGCAUUCGUUAUGAUUAUGGUAUCUUUGCCCAGAAGAUUGAGAAUGGUUGGCAGAUUGAGGAGCCUGAUGACUGGCUGAGGUUUGGCAACCCUUGGGAGAAGUCUAGACCAGAGUACUGCCUUCCCGUCAACUUCUUUGGUCGUGUUGAGAACAUCAAUGGCAAGGAUAAGUGGGUGGAUACUCAGGUGCUUUUUGCAAUGCCUUUUGACACACCCAUCCCAGGCUAUGGAAACAACACAGUGAACACACUUCGCCUUUGGUCUUGCAAGGCACCAAACAGUUUCCACCUACACUUCUUCAACAACGGUGAAUACAUCAAUGCUGUGUGUGAGAGGAACUAUGCUGAAAACAUUUCCAGAGUGCUUUACCCUAAUGACAAUAUGUUUGAGGGGAAAGAGUUGCGUCUAAAACAAGAAUAUUUCUUAGUGGCAGCGUCCCUGCAAGAUCUGAUCCGUCGUUUUAAGUCGGCCACGUUUGGCCAGUCCAACCCAGUGAGAACAUCAUUCGACACUUUCCCUGAUAAAGUAGCCAUUCAGCUGAAUGACACUCAUCCAUCACUUGCCAUCCCUGAGCUGAUGCGCAUUUUGAUUGAUAUCGAGAAUCUGCCCUGGGAGAAGGCAUGGGAACUUACAAACAAGACGUGCGCGUAUACCAACCAUACAGUUCUUCCUGAAGCUUUGGAACGUUGGCCCGUAUCACUAUUAGGACAUGUUCUACCUAGACAUCUAGCUAUUCUAUUUGAAAUAAAUUCACGCUUUUUAGCGGAGGUUGCCAAGAAGUGGCCAGGAGACAAUGAUCGUCUAGCUCGUAUGUCUCUGGUAGAGGAGGGACCUGAGAAGAAAAUUAAUAUGGCAAAUGUGUGUAUUGUAGGAAGCAAGGCAGUGAAUGGGGUUGCUGCCAUCCAUUCUGAUAUUCUCAAGAAAACAACUUUCAAAGAUUUCUAUGAGAUGUUCCCAAAGAAGUUUCAAAACAAAACCAAUGGCAUCACCCCAAGACGAUGGCUCUUAUUGUGUAACCCAGGAUUGGCUGAUGUCAUUGCUGAGAAAAUCGGCGAGAGCUGGGUGACCAAUUUGACUGAGCUGCGAAAACUGACCCCUGCGUGUAAAGAAGAGGCCUUCUUGCGCAGCUUCAUGAAAGUUAAACAAGAGAACAAAAUGAGAUUAGCCCAGUUUAUUCAGACAAAUUACCACAUCAAGAUCAACCCUGCCUCCAUGUACGACAUGCAAGUGAAGAGGAUCCACGAGUACAAGAGACAGUUGCUCAACUGCCUGCACAUGAUUGUACUCUACAACAGACUCAAGAAGAACCCUCAAGCUCCUUUUGUACCCAGAACUAUUAUGAUUGGUGGAAAGGCAGCACCUGGGUACCAUUUAGCCAAGAUGAUCAUCAAGCUGAUCAACAACGUUGGCAGAGUUGUCAACAACGACCCCAUCAUCGGAGAUCGCCUGAAAAUUGUGUACCUGGAGAACUACCGUGUGUCAAUGGCUGAGAGAAUUAUUCCAGCCGCCGACCUGAGUCAGCAGAUUUCUCUGGCUGGCACUGAGGCUUCUGGUACAGGAAACAUGAAGUUCAUGUUGAACGGUGCUCUCACCAUUGGAACACUUGAUGGUGCCAAUGUGGAAAUGAUGGAAGAAAUGGGCAGAGAAAAUAUCUUCAUCUUUGGUAUGACUGUGGAACAGGUGGAGGAGCUAUGGAGAAAGGGAUACAACCCAAGAUCCUAUUACGAGAAGGAUGCUGAGCUGAAACAAGCUCUGGACCAAUUAAACAGUGGCUACUUCUCUCCAGAGGAACCUGGUCUCUUCUGUGAACUCUUCAAUGGCUUGCUGAACAAUGACAGAUUUGCAUUGUGUGCAGACUUUAGGGCCUAUGUUGAUUGUCAACAGGAAGUCUCUGAACUAUUCAGGGACCCCAUGAAAUGGGCUGUGAAGGCAAGCUUGAACGUUGCCUCUGCUGGUAAAUUCUCCAGUGACCGAACCAUCAAUGAAUACGCCAAGGAUAUCUGGGGCGUUGAACCUUCAAACAUCAAGCUGCCCAACCCGGCUGACAAAGGCUCUGCUAAGGAGGAUUAAAUCAUCUUAGUUGUUUAGUUUUCUACACUAAUGAAUUAUGUAGCAGUUUCUUUCUAGCUAAAUUAUUUUCUUAAUGGAGCUUGGCUGGACUAGAGGGCUUAGGAUUGUCUAUGAUGUGAUAUACACUUUGUGAUUUGUCUUUUAAAACAAUCAAAGUAUGUGAUGCCAUAUUAUUUAAAGUAAAUGAUCAUUAUUUCUUUUUUACAAAUUUAUUCUAUAUGACAAACCUCAAUUCCCCAGAAUUGUUUUUGGUUUUUCUGCCAAAAAAGUUUUUGUCCGUAUAUUGAGUGAAUACUUACUUAUGGAAGGUUUAGAGCAAAUUACUUGAAGUUUAGCUUUGUUUUGAUGUCCAUGCAUUUAAUGCUUCAUGUCUUAAAGCUUAAAGUUUUCCGGAAUACCUUCGUGACUUUCCCAGAUGUGAAUGUUUUAGAGUCACUUUAACUGAUAUACAAAACUUUGUGACUAUUUUUAGUUUUUCUCAGGUCCCAUCACAAGAUAAUGAAAAAAAAAUAAAAAAAUUCUACAGACUUGAAUGUCUGUAACUUGAAACAUAACAGCAAACCGCAGUCGUAAAAAAUAAAGUUACAAAUGUGUUCACCUAACAUCUCUGCUGUCUGAAAAAGUUACAAUAAAAACAUUUUACUCUUUAAACCAUGUCUAUAUUUUUUUGUCUCCCUUGGUUUUUUAAAAACCUGUACAUAGUAGAUUUAAGAACUUAAAUCAAUGUUUUAUUUUAUGUUUUUCAACUUUAAAGUUUAUAUUAUCCUUUAUUAAAAUAUAUUUAAUAAAGUAUUUUUCCCAUCUUUCCUAUUGAAGUCCUGUGGAUUUAGAUCCAUGUAAUCAGACUAGUAGAGAACUAACUGUAUCAAUUACUAGUUUUACAUAUUCCUGCACUUAAUUAUUUUAGUUAUCUACCCACUGUAUGUCAAUGUGUGUGAAUCUCGUUUACAUAUUGUCUAAAAAAAUUUCACAGGAAGAAACAGUCAAAUUUUAACUAUGUUCUAAUUUUUUUUUUUUUUUUUUUUGCUUUGGAUGCUGUACAUUAUUUUUUAAUUUUACACCUUUUAUGUUGGUUUUUUUUUUGGCUCAGUUUUACAAACCGUUUCUACAUUUUGUAGACUUUGAAAACCAAAUAACAAAUAUAUGAAAUCUUAAACCCAUGAACCAUUGAACAUGUCAGAAAGAAUAGAAUUUAUACUAGAGGUUUUAUCUUGUUGUUGUACAUCUGUUUAUUCUGUGCUUACCAUAUCUAGUAAAAUUUUAUACAAACUUUGAACU